CGUCUGGUGUCGUCAUCAGCAGGGCGGCUUGCUAAUCAGUCUCUUAUCGGCGGACCAGCGCCGCGGACCAUGGCGCAUCUCUAUAUCUUGGGGCUCCACUAUGUCUAAGCUGUCAGAUACACCCCCGACAGCUGUCGCCGUGAUAGUUGUAGUCUAGCAUCCACGUACCACGGUAGAGCGGCCCUAUUGAAAUUGGCGGCCAAGGUAACACCAUGGCACCUUACACAACCGACCCCGGCUCCUUCCCCGCCCCAAUCGAUCUCACCCACCACCUGUCCCGCAGCACCAAAGCUCGAGAAGCCUCGAGCGUCAAAAAGUUCUACAAGUACUUUGCGAUUCCAGGCAUUGGCCAGCUAGCAGGAGGCCUACCAAACGACCACUAUUUCCCAUACGACACCCUCGAAGCCAAGGUCGCACACCCAAACCGAUGGCAACCAACGCCCAACAAACCCGUCGACCCGCCCGCCGACGACCCUCCAACAGUCCGCUUAUCCGAGCUAUCCGUCUCCAAGAACAAAGAUGAGCAGCCGCCCGCCUCGCGCCUCGUGGUGCCCAAGGACUCUAGUGUGCCAGACCCUCUUCAUAUGAUCGAUCUAAAGUCAGCACUACAAUAUGGACAGGCACAAGGGUACCCUGCCUUAUACUAUUUCAUCCGGCAGUUCACAAGAGACAAUUUGCAUCCAUUUGUCCCCUAUAAAGAUGGGCCAGAAGUCAUCCUGACCUGUGGCUCCACCGAUGGCUUUUCAAAGACUUUACAGGCGCUCAGCAAUGAGUGGUCGGCGGAACACGAUCCUGUUGAGGAGAGGCCAGGCUUACUGUGCGAGUCGUACGCCUACAUGAACGCCAUUCAAACUGCCAAACCUCGGGGUUUCAACAUCGCGCCGGUAGCCAUAGACGACCAAGGCAUGUUGGCCAAGGGCCCAGGAGGACUUGAGUCGGUUCUGGAGAACUGGGACUUUUCAAAGGGCCGCCGUCCCCACCUCAUGUAUACCGUCACUAUCGGCCAAAACCCAACAUCUGGCACCCUCUCCGUUGAGCGACGUAUUGAAAUCUACGCGCUUUGCGUCAAAUACGACGUCAUUAUCGUCGAAGAUGACCCAUACUGGUAUCUGCAAUACCCUUCCUCAUCACCAAGCAGCGUAUCUCCCCGCCCCACCAAAUCCUCAGGUUUUGAAUUUCUCGACAGCCUUAUCCCCUCUUACCUCAGCGUCGACUACCAAGGGCGCGUUGUGCGUUUGGACACUUUCUCCAAGACUGUAGCUCCAGGAUGCCGUCUGGGCUGGAUCACCGCACAGCCCGCGCUCGUAGAACGCAUUCUUCGCAUCACGGAGUGUUCAACUCAGCAGCCCUCCGGCUUCGUGCAAUCCAUGAUCGCUGAAUUGCUCAUUGGCCCACAAGGCUCCAAAGACCCUGGACGAGGAGGCGCCGCGGACGGAAAUGGCUGGAAAGUCGACGGCUGGGUGCGCUGGCUCGAGGGUCUGAGGGGCAACUACGAGCGCAGAAUGCAAACAAUGUGCGACGCGCUCGAUGCAGGAAAGGAAGUCGUGAAAGCUGGACGCCGCAAAUCACUCGCAGAUGAAGAGGACGAAUGGGCCGUUAUUGAGAAGACAAAGAUUUACUCUUUCGUCCGACCUCUUGGUGGCAUGUUUGUGUGGAUCCGCUUCGAUUUCGCCUCACACCCUCUCGCCAAGGUCGUCCCCGCGCCACGCCUCUCGCAGGCACUCUGGGUGUUCUGGACACUCAAGCCCUACCUCUGUCUCGUUGCCCCGGGAGCCAUGUUCGCGGCAACGCAGGAAAUAAAGGAGCAAGACAGCCACAAUUGCUACAGAUUGUGUUUUGCGGCGUGCCCCGACGAGGAAGUCAAAGAUAUCAGUAAGAGAUUUGCGGAAGGCGCACAGGCGUUUUGGCGCAUUAAGAAGAAGGAGAAGAUUGACAAGCUGUUGGAGGAAGAUGCGGUCCCCGGCGUGGACAAUGUUACCGGGCUGGCGGCUUUGACGGGUAUUUGUUAGAGGAAACCGCGCGCGAUCUUGUUGGAUAAGGAAUGAUCUGAUGUAGAAUGAUGCGAUAGAAUCAACGACCUGAAGAAUAUAUACUCGGAUGUACGUGUUUUGCAUUGCUAUGAAAGGCCCUCAAGUUGAACAUCAAGCAGCAAGCAUAUCUUGAAGAAUCCAUAAUUGAACCAU